AGUGAAUGGAGUCGGGUGUUGCCGGAGGUGAAGGGGCCCAAGCCGCACUCGUUGGCCUUUAGGGCCAAGUUUCCCAAACCAAAUGUUGGUAAAAAGAAAUUACUUAAGUGGAGGGACCAAGAAAUCAAGCGCCAUGAAGCUGAGAUGCAGGUGAAGGCCCAUCUCAUUGGCCUCCAGAUCAAUGAAAGGGAGAAUCUGAACCAACAGAAAUUGUUCCACCGGUGUGUACAGAAGAGGGUCGAUACUGAAAUGCAGGCCUACCUGGCUGGGCAAGAGGAGAGAAGAGAGAGGCUUCGUGAUCUCCUGGAAGCUGAGGAAAAAGCCUACUUUGCUGAAAUGGAAUCGCAGGAAGAAACGAUGGAGGACCGGCGGAUAACAAUGAGGGCAAGAGUCAAACAGCUGAGAGAACAGAGGGAAGAAGCCAGGCGGAAGCUGGUGGCUGAAAAAAGGGAGCAACAGUUCAGAGAAUCUUGCGAGGAAGCACGGACACAGUGGAGCAAGAAGCACUUGCUGGAGGUGUGUGAAGACCGACUGGCCCAGCUGGCCCUGAAGGAGGACCUGAAGAAGCAAAAAGCAGAGGAGGAGGCAACCUUUGCAGCUCUCUGGGAAGAGGACAGGCUGGCUAAGGAGAAGCGAACAGCGGAGGAAGCCCGGAGAAGAUCAAGCCGGGACGAAAACAUGAUCAACAUGCUGAAUGCACAGAGAGCUGUGGCUGAGGCUCAGAAGGAGGAAGCGAGACGCCUGAAGGAGGAAGAGGCUAAACUGAUGGAAGAAGAACGGCAGCUGUUUAAGCUGGAAGAGGAACGUGCCGAGAUUGAGAGACGGCGGAAGCUGAGGGAGUGCAGGGAAUCAUUGCUGGAUUCUAUCAAGGAGAAAAACAGGCGUCUCCAGGAAGCAAAGCAAGACGAGCUGGCAUUAGAUAUGAAAAUCUUGGACCGUGCCUUGCAAGAAGCCAUGGAGGACACCGAGGGCCAAAAGCAAAGGAAAAAGGAGCUCUUGAAAGAGCAGCAGAUUUAUCAGGCGUACCUGGCUCAGCAGAUGGAGGAAGACAAGCGCCUGGAGAAAGAAAUGGACAAGCUGCGGGCAGAGGAGGCAGCAAAGAUGUGGGCCAAGCGGGCCGCGAAGGAGAAGGCCCUGAAAGAAGCCAGAGACCGCUUGCUGACAGAGGUCCUGGAUACAAGGCGGCUUCAAAUCGAGGAGAAACUGCAGAGAAAUGCCCAUGAGCAAGAAGCACUUCUUCGGGACAAGGAAUUGUUAAAAGAAGCCACCCUGGAAUACAACCGUCUAGAAGAGGAAAAAUACACAAGGCGUUUAGUGGAACUGAAGGAAUAUCGGGAGGUGCUCAGCGCUCAGAUAGAUCACCUCAAGCAAGCUCGUGAAGCUGCGAAGGAGGAGGAGCGCCGUGACUAUGAGCUGGCUCUGGAAGCAGAAAGACUUUACCAGCAGAAGAUGGCAGAUAUCCUUUCCAGACCUUAUAUGAGGCUAAAAGAUCUCCACCCUUUACGAAGGCAACUAGCCUGUAGUUCUCAAUCUUAG